CACCACGGUUGAUGUUUGGCCUCGAGCAAGGACUGUAUCCGGACACAGAAACACGCAGAUACACGUAUUAACUUGCAGCCUGUUGUCAGUCGGACAGCAUGGCUCUACUGGAAGCUCUGCUACUGAUUUCCUCUCUCAUUACAACAGCGUUCGCUUGCAACGGUUAUGAACUCAAAAACCUCAAAAUUGAGACCUGUGAGGGCAAGAACGACGUCUUUGGUUAUGACGACUUUUCCGCCAUUUUGAACGACGAUUGUAAGAUCGUUCCUUCCGGAUGUCUCGUCAUCAAAAAGGACAUGAACUGGGGCAAUGGAUCGUAUUUGGUGGAGAAGAAAGUCAAGAUGGGCAUGCCAAUGAAGUUUUCAGGCAAGAAGGAUCUUUGCAACGUGCUGGAGAAGUCCAAGGAGAGUCCGGAGAUUACUUUAAUAUUCAAAUUAAUAAAUUUAGGGCAGAGUUGUCCCAUGAAGGCGGGUAAGAUCUGCGGAAACGGCGCCGUGAGCGUACAGAAGUACAGGGAUCAGCUGAAGAUGGCCGAGGGAGACUUCGAGGGCACCAUCAAGGGGAAGAGUGACGCCGGUGACGUCUGUAUCAACAUUGCGCUGUCCAUUGUGAAGAAGGGAGGCGGUGGUCACUCAAUCCCUGGCAUGGGCUAGUCCAUCUCUAGACUUAUGUAACUCUGACAAUAAACAACAGCUUCGGA